ACUUUCCUACCAGUUGAUGGCGAUAUUUAAACCAAAAGGAGAAGAAGAAUCCGAAAUAAAAAUAACGAAGAAGAAGACUGACACCCAGCUUGAUACGAGUCAACUGGUUGUCCUGGGUUUGGUUUGACAGUUCUAGAACCUGAUGAUUAUACACCGUUUCACCUGUGGAGCCAAAAACACUCACCUUUAUGCCCAGCUGAGAAAGGCGUGGGGAAUACAGGCCAUGGCGAGACCCAGCUCAGACCUGGCGGCGUUCAGGGAGAUUUUCUCCAAAUCCAACAACAUCGCCAUCAUCACAGGAGCAGGAGUGAGUGCCGAGAGUGGAGUCCCAACUUUCAGAGGAGCAGGAGGCUACUGGAGAAAAUGGCAAGCACAGGAACUUGCCACUCCAACGGCCUUUGCUCACAAUCCCUCCCGUGUUUGGGAGUUCUACCACUACCGUCGGGAGGUCAUGCUAACCAAGGACCCAAACCCAGCCCAUCUGGCCAUCGCAGAAUGCGAGCAACGUCUUGGCAAGCAGGGCCGAAAAGUUACCAUCAUCACACAGAACAUUGAUGAGUUACAUCGCCGUGCUGGAUCAAAAAACCUGUUGGAAAUCCAUGGUAGCUUGUUUAAAACCCGCUGCAUGAUGUGUGGCCACGAGCAGGCCAAUUACAAGAGCCCUAUUUGUGCCGCUUUAGAGGGCAGAGGAGCUCCUGACCCGGAUACUCAAGACGCCCAGAUUCCUGUUGAGCAGCUUCCUCGAUGUGAACAGAGAGGCUGUAAUGGCCUCCUGAGACCAGCUGUGGUUUGGUUUGGAGAGACCCUGGAUGCAGACAUCCUCUCUCAUGCAGAGAAAGCCUUGGACGGCUGUGACCUGUGUCUCGUAGUUGGCACCUCUUCAGUCGUGUAUCCAGCAGCCAUGUUUGCUCCUCAGGUGGCAGCCAGAGGUGUCCCUGUGGCUGAAUUUAACAUGGAGAACACUCCAGCCACUGAGCGCUUCAAGUUCCACUUUCAUGGCCCCUGUGGAACCACCUUACCCCCUGCCCUGGCACGCCACGAAAGUGAGCCAAACUGAAUACUGAACUGUAAUGCCAAAAUGCUGUGACACAAGAUGGUAAUAGGGAGGAGCUGGAGGAGGAUACAAGGGAGACUUAUGCACAUUCAACAGUGAACUUCACUGAUGAGCAUGGUUUUAAAUAUUGUUUUGUAGCUUUGACUUGUGAAAAUUAUGUAUAUUUAAAUGUCUGGAAAUCAAAAACUUGAAUGCACAGCAAUAUUUCUUACAUGUGUAACAGCAGGUGGCAGUGUUUAGCUGCUGCUGCCUUUUAGAGGUGGUGUGACUGCUAGCUGGGACC